GUUUUGGGAGCUGUGGAACGUAAACACAGAGACAUCAACGAAGGUGUAAGGAAAAUCUGCGAGUCACUUCCCACGGCAUGGGACGUUAAGCUGCCAUCCUCACGCCGGCACAAGACUGCCCCAUUUAGUGCGUAUUUCGGAAGAAGGUAUGUUCCGUUCGCAGAUUUUAACGACGACCUGCCAGAUAGCCAGCCAGUCACCAACGAAACGUGGGCCCAUCGCAUGGAUAGGUUACACGGUACUAUUUUGCCGAUGAUACACAAGGUCACUCUCAAGUACACAGACUCGCUGGCGAAGCAGUUCGAUAGACUCUAUGCGUACGACUUAAUCUCGUUCCAGGAAGGUGAUGUGGUUAUGAUAAAGACGAAGGACCGAACGACAAAGGCAAUGCGUCCAAUGGUUGGUCCUUACGUAGUCAAGCAACAACAGGGUCAAGGAUAUAUCUUGGCGAACAAAGAAGGCACCACCCCAAGCACGUUCAAGGGCAAGCCGGUCAGAGUGGAACUGUUGCGUUUAGUACAUAGAGCAACGGAACCACCGCUGGCGAACGAAAUGUGGCAAGAACAGGGUUCGGCUUUCAGGCACAUCAUCCGACAUCGCCAGAACGACCACUCUGGCGUCACAGAGUACUUAGUUCGGUGGAAGGAAGGCAAUCCCACAUGGGAGACAUCAGAAGCCUUCGACGAUCCGAAUGACAUUGCGGCAUACCAUAAGGCGGAUCAAACCAGGAAGAAAAGAAUAGAGUUGCAGAAUCCAGCAAGGAAAGCUCAAGCCAGUUUAUAG